AUGACCUUCCGGCAUUGUUCUGGUACACUUGUUAGUCUAACUACAGAAGAAGAAAGAGCAUUAGAAGGUGGUCGAGAUUUCAGUAUUAUGUGGUCAUCAAGGAAAGAUACAAUGUGUUUAUUAUUGGGGCCAGCGAGAUUUGUUAAUCAUGACUGUUGUCCCAAUACAGAAUUUAUCUCAUCCGGACAAAACGCAAUAGCGUUCAAAUUUCUCCGUGAUGUUGCAAUUGGAGAAGAAUUGACGGCUUAUUAUGGUGAUAAUUAUUUUGGCGCUGGGAACGAAGAAUGCCUUUGUGCAACAUGCGAAAGGAAUAAAACAGGAUCUUUCCGAACAGAAGAUGAGGGUGUAGUUUUGAAAGAAGGCUUACGACCAUUU